AUGUCAGUAUUGGACGCAACGAGGAUCCUACAAUACGAUUGUGCUACCGAAGAUUACCAUUGGCAAUGCCAAAAUGGUGAAUGCAUCUCAAUAAAUGUGCUCUGCGAUGGCAUCAAGCACUGUCGCGAUGGUUCCGAUGAGACCAGAAAGUUUUGCAAAAAUGCGAUAUGUACACCGUUAUUAUUUCGUUGUGAUUACGGUGCGUGUAUACCGUUGACACAGCUUUGUGACGGUGUAGUCGAUUGUGCAGAUUCGUCAGAUGAGGGCAGCGAGAUGUGCCACAAACGGCGCGAGGAGGUGUCAGUUGACGAAAGUAGUAAGCAAAUGAAUGAAAGGAAUUGCGUUGGCUGGGGUCAACUUAAGUGCUGGUCUGGCCAAUGCGUUAGUGUGCAUGCCAAAUGUAAUGGCAUACGUGAUUGCCAAGAUGGCAGCGAUGAGUGGGAGCGCCUUUGCGCAAAUAUCAAAUGUAAUAGACGCAAACAAUUUCAGUGUAAUUAUGGCGCUUGCAUAAGUCUGACUGCCAAGUGCAAUGGUACAGCAGAGUGUUUGGAUGAGAGUGAUGAGACGUUAGCAGAAUGUGUACAGAAGGUGAAAGGCAAGAGUGAUAGCGAUGUUAGUAGAGAGAAACUACAGACACACCCAGCAACUCUAAUUACAACUGCUCAAGGGUCGGUGCAAAUGUUCACCCCACAAACAAAUGCAAUGCCUAUUUCAACUACAACAAUACUCGUUAAUGUCGAGCCCAAUAAUGAAAACGAUGCUAGCGAAACACACGAGCGAGACGAAACGGAACUUGCCACUCAUAGUCAAAGUGAUAAUAAGAAACCAAUAAGUGGAAUAUAUCCAAGCGAUGUAAUUACUUCAUCACAACUUGGACAUGGCCUAGGUUGCCGCAUAUUUCAGCAUUGGCAAAGCUCAUCAGCCCGAUACUGCAAUGAUAAAUGGAUUGAAAAAAGUGAUUGCUGCACUUUAUAUGGAAAAACCAUUCCAUGCAUUCGUAUACUACCGAAUACGAUUGUGCAAAAAGAAUGCCGGAUGACAUCGACAGCUACCAAAAGAAGCCGUGCCACAUCCGAGCAGCUAAAUCGCCUGCUUGACUACCUAAUGGAAGUCCCGGGUCUAGCAGGAUCUAGGUUCCACAGCCUCCAUGGUAAGUACGAGUGCGACAAAAAGUGGAGCGAGCUAGCAACAAAAUUAAAUAGUCUGGGUGGAGCAGUGAAGACGGUGAAUCAAUGGCAAACGGUAUGGCGGGACUUAAAAAGCCGCACCAGCAUUAAAGCACGGAAUCGGCGAAGGCAACAAGCUUUAACGGGAAAGAGGCCAAUCAGCGAGGAGCCCCUAACGGAAUUCGAGAGGCGGGUGUCUGCUCUUAUAGAGGAGGAGUAUAUGAAGGGCCACGAUUCAACCCCUGAAAAUAUUCCACUGGAGGAGGUAAUCCAAAUGGGUAUCGAAGUGGAAGAUGAAAGGGUGAUUUCGGAAGCCCCGUCACCUUUACGGACGCCACUGGCAGAGAAUUUCACGCUGAGGUCAGGUAAUUCCCAUAUCUCAGACAGGAGAACACCACGGGCGAGCUUGAAAAGAAAGCGCAUGGAAGAAGACGGUAAUGCUCGGAAGAAAUUUUUGGAAAUAGCAGAAAAACAGGCAGAUGCACUAAAGAUGCUAGCCCAGUCGAGUAUAGAAACAGUAGAAGUCGCGAAACAACAAGCAGAUGCUUUAAAGAUCUUAGCCGAAAGCAGCUCUGCAAUUGCUCAGGCUAAUAAAAUGAUGGCGGAGGCAAUAGCCGUAUUGGGGAAUGGAUUAAGCGCUACCGCAGAAGCAUUCAACAAUCUAACGAAUGCAAUCUAUCUGGUGUCUGCGACUAACUGCACCGUCGCGAAUGGCGAGUGGAAGUGCCUGAAUGGUGAAUGCAUCUCAAUAAAUGUGCUCUGCGAUGGCAUCAAGCACUGUCGCGAUGGCUCCGAUGAGACCAGAAAGUUUUGCAAAAAUGCGUUAUUAUUUCGUUGUGAUUACGGUGCGUGUAUACCGUUGACACAGCUCUGUGAUGGUGUAGUCGAUUGUGCAGAUUCGUCAGAUGAGAAUAGUGAGAUGUGUCGCAAACGACGUGAGGAAGUACCGCGUGAUGCAAGUGACGACAAUACAAAUCAACUUAAUUGUGCAGGUUGGGGCCAAAUGAAAUGCAAUGGCAUACGCGAUUGUGACGAUGGCAGCGAUGAAACCGCUCGGUUAUGCAAAGCGAUGACCUGCACGGAAAAACAAUUUAAAUGUGAUUAUGGAGCAUGCGUACCGCUGAAUGCUGUUUGUAAUGGAAAAGUGGAGUGUUGGGAUGAAACCGAUGAAAACCCAGAGUUGUGUGAAACAAAUAGAGUUACUGCAGGAGCGGUCACAACAACAUUAAGACCGCCGACAAUUCCUAAUGCUAAAAAUGCUAAACCUAUAACAACUACAAUUGAAAAUUUCACCAACGGUUUGUAUAAUGUACAGCAAAAAGUACAGAAAGUUUACGAAAACUCAACUAAUACAAACAACAUCUCGAAACACAUAGUCGAGAAUACCCAGGAAGCCAAAGUAGGAAUCAAUAGGCCGAAUAUCCCACUACACCUUAAUACAACAGCUGUUGAAACAGAAGCACGUCUAAGUCUAGAUACCGAAGAAAUAUCUCAGGGCGUAAGUAAUACUAGACGUGUACCGGGAAUAGCGGGAAAUGAAAUAGCGGGUCCCAAAAGCAACACAUCUGAACCUAUAUAUACGACUACGGACGUAAGCAUUCCACUAUCGCAAACGCAUCAAACACGGAUUACUAAUACAACAAAUUACAAUGGUAAUCCAGCUAAGCGUCCAACACAUCUCGAUAAAGAGGUCUCUUACACAUCAAAAUCCGGGCCAUCAACGCCACCAAAAUUCGCCACCGUAUCUACCACCUUACAAACUACACCGCUCACUACAACUUUGCUCAGACCUGUUGCAGCCGCCAAAAGUAAGUGUAAUUUUGGCGAAUGCGCUUUUCCGCUAAUUUGUGAAAUUUCGAACCCCAACUCGACACAUUUAAGUAACACCAAUCGGCGCAUAUCUGCUGAAGAAGGUUCCCAUAUAACAUUUAGUUGCGCGAUUGCUUGUGAAGUGGACUUUUUAGCUCAAUGCACAUCACAAUUCGCAUGUUUAUAUAAAAGACCAAAUUCGAACUCACAAAUUUCCAUAACACCGAAUUUUACGGAGAGUAAAGUGGAGAAACUCACUCAAAUUGGUUUUAAAUGCAGAGAAGGCUAUGAGUUGGAAGGUUUCAGAAGCAGAAUAUGUACGGAGAGUGGCUGGGCACAGCCCUUGCCCCAAUGCAUUAAAUAUUGCCAUUUGAACGCCUUGGAAAGGUGCAAGGGAGCGCUCAGCUGUGUAGUUUAUAAUUCAAACACGAGAUCCUACAUGGAAUCUGGGGAAUAUUAUUGGAAUGAACUUUUGAGGAAAGAUUCUCAUGUCGAAUUCAAUUGCAGUCAUGGCUAUAAACUGGAAGGCGAAUAUCGUUCAACAUGCACCGGGACUGGCUGGGACAAUAUUACGCCUAAAUGCGUGAAAUCAUGUCGAGGAAACCUUUUACCCAAAUGUGGUCAUCCGCUUGUUUGUAAAUCCUACGAUUCAAAAACGAAAUCGUAUAAAGAAAUAACUACUACAUCAAGUACGCUUUAUGCGCAAAAAAGUGAAAUUAUAUUCAGUUGCAUCAACGGUUAUCAGUUGGAAGGUGCAUAUCGCACAGUUUGUAAAUCGUUUCGUUGGAGUCAUGAGGGGGAUAUUGUCUGGCCGAAAUGCAUUCGAGCUUGCAGUCUAGAUUAUGUUUUAAGCCAUAAGAAUUCAAUGAAUUGUUUUUAUUAUGGAUAUUCUCAGUCGAAAUGGUUGGAUGUCCACCAUUAUUUCAAUCGUAGCUGGAUGCCGGAAGACUCCUAUAUAUACUGUCGUUGUAAAAAUGGCAGCCAGGAGAGAUAUUUAAGCUGUACUGGAUUUGGUUGGAAUUAUGAUUUUCCUAAAUGCGUUGAACAAAGAAGGCCGUGAUUUGUUAUAAGGUGGUAACCUGAAGAUGAUAAUGAAGCAAUAAAAUAAGUUAACUACAUUGUUUUCACUACAAAGUAGAACCGAUCAGCCAAUAUAAUGGAGCGUACGUCUAUCUAUUGGUUAACUAACAAUUAUACAUAUAUCAUAUUCUACUAUGGACCAGAUGGAUCAAACGGAAGUGUGCAAUUUUUAAGAAAACAUUUCCAAAUAAAAAAUACAUAUAUUUAAAUUAUGUAGAAGAAAUUAAAUGCUUACUUGAAAGUUCUUUGAAAUUUA